GUGAAAGAAAAGGCUGAUAAAAGUUCUGGCUAAAGAUGUUGGAGACAUAUCAUUACCAUAUGAUCUAAUGUGGGUGUCAGCCUGGAUUGUGUUCAUUGAAGGAAACUAUUCUCUAACAGUGCUAGGGAAUAGGAGCAGGAGGGUUUUCACAAAGUGACAGUGGCAGAACACUGGCUCUACCCCCUCCUCCUCUGCACACCUGUAGGCUCCUUUUGUCUGGACUGAAUUUUUUAUUUACAUCUCUACUUUGAAAGGUCUUCUUCCAAACCCCAGGACUACCAGGUUUUAUUGGUUUGUCCAGUUAUACAUGAUCUGACGCCAUGAAAACAGUUAUCAUCCUUAGUUUGCUUGCCACAGUGUGCUACUCUAAACCCUUCUAUCAAAAAGGUCUCUUUGACUUCAUGCUAGAAGAUGAUGGAUCUGGUUUUGACACAGUCCCAGUAGAUGAACCACUUGGACCUAUAUGCCCAUUCCGUUGUCAAUGUCACCUUCGUGUUGUACAGUGUUCUGAUAUUGGUCUAGAACAAGUGCCUAAAAAUAUUCCUUCAGACACAACUUUACUUGACUUACAGAAUAACAAGAUAACUGAAAUAAAGGAUGCUGAUUUCAAGAAUCUGAAAAACCUUCAUGCGUUAAUCCUGGUUAACAACAAAAUAAAAUCCAUCAGUCCUACUGCUUUCGCCUCACUCACAAAGCUGGAAAGACUCUACUUAUCCAAAAAUAACUUGAAGGAACUUCCAACCAAUAUGCCCAAGUCACUUCAGGAGCUGCGUGUGCAUGAAAACAUGAUAACCAAAGUGAAGAAGUCUGUGUUUGAUGGACUAAAUAACAUGAUUGUUAUUGAACUGGGGACAAAUCCCAUUGAGAGUUCUGGGAUUGAAAAAGGAGCUUUCCAAGGAAUGAAGAAACUAUCCUACCUCCGAAUUGCAGACACUAACAUUACAAAUGUUCCUAAAGGUUUGCCAACUUCUCUUACUGAGCUUCACCUUGAUGGAAACAAAAUUGCCAAAGUUGAUUCUGAUAGUCUAAACGGGUUAAACAAUCUAGCCAAGUUGGGUUUGAGCUAUAACAGUAUAAUAAAUGUUGAAAAUGGAUCCGUUGCCAAUGUUCCUCAUUUAAGAGAGUUACACUUAGACCAUAACAGCCUUACUCAGGUACCUGCUGGACUCAAUGAACACAAGUACAUCCAGGUUGUCUAUCUUCACAAUAACAAAAUCGCUGCUGUUUCAACUAAUGAUUUUUGUCCUGUUGGAUACAACACAAAGAAGGCUUCAUAUACAGGAAUCAGCCUCUUUAGCAAUCCUGUCCAGUACUGGGAAAUCCAACCAGCCACCUUCAGAUGUGUUUAUGAACGCUCUGCUAUUCAGAUUGGAAACUACAAGUAAACAUGCCAGCUAUUACUUUGUCAAAUAAAGUCCUUUUUUUUUUCUUUUUUUUUUUUUGAAAGCCCUAGCAACUAGUAAAAAUGCAAAUAUUGGAAUAUGUCCCAAAAUAUAUUUUUUUCCUAUAUUUUAUGAAUUUGGAAGAGGGUUGCAAGUGAUGUAUGUCAUGUAUUAUCAUGAAUGUAAUCUAUUUUCCAUGAAACCUGGGGAUUCUAUUAUUGUAAUGUAUUUAGCAGUUUGCUAACUUAGUAUGUUAUACCGAGGAAUAUGUACAUGUUGGUAAACCAUGAAUGAAUUUUUUUGCUUAAGAAGAACAAAUUAAAUUGAUUUUUUUUUACAUUUAGAAUAUUUUGUUAGAGUAUGUUGUCCUACCAAGACUGAACUUGUGAGUGCAAGUCACAAAUAGGGAUAGAAGUGUCUCCAAGUCUUUAGAGCAGGACAGCAGAAAAAUGUGCCACUCUCAGCUGUGCUAAAUAGAGUAUUGGACUCAUAGGUAAAAGGAACAUGUAUGCAAGCUAUUUCCAUGCCUAGUUCACAGCUAUUAUGAGGCUAUUUAGUGUAUGCAUUUGCACCUACUAGUUUAUAAUUUUUAAGGUAUUUUACCAAUGUAAUAAAUGUACAAAAACUGUCCUGGUGACAAGUUCCCUUUAAGAAAAGGCUGGAAUGUUAUUUCAUAGCAUACUGCGGCUGGUUAAAAUGUCCAGUGAUGAACAACCCUUAUCAAUUGUCUCUAUACCACUCAUCUCAACCUUUUCUCCUCUCGUUUCUGUCUUAUUGAUAUUGCAUUGUCCAAGGUUUUUAAAGUGGUAUAUAAAUGACAGCAAAAAAUAAACAAAACACACUGAUAUAUUCAUGCAUAUAUCCCUUUUGUAUCUGUAAUAUUAAAACCAAUUUGUUCAUUUUCCAAAGCAAACAUUGAAGGUACUUUUCUAUAGUAUACUGAGAAUAUAAACUUGCUAUUUGUUGGUCUCAAUAAUAUUGUAGUCUAGUAGGCAUAUGUUUGGCUUUUCAGUUAAAACUCCAAUAGGAGUAUGCAUCAAAAUAAAUCUGAACUAAUAUUACUAUGCAAAAUAAAAAAUGUGCUGGACCACUGCCAUCUGUUUUGAAGCACCACAUGGUACAGUAUGCUUGGACUGGAAAUAAUCAAAGUGCAUACUAAAUCUGCAAACUACUUGGAUGUUUUACUGGUUUGAAGUGUUUAUUAAUGUUUUAAGCAGUUACAGUAAAUAGCAGAUACACUCCUCUGUCAGACAUAUGUGAGCUACAGUACAUACAAUAUUUCGGCUGAGACAUGAUUGGUUUAAAUAUGAAAUUAUUUGUAAAGUGCAUUAAAAUGUCAGAGAGCUGAAUAACUUUGAAUUUUA